AUAUAGAAUAAACUCUUUGAUACAAGCCACAUAAAAAACUUAUCUUGGCUACGUUAUUACCAAAUAUUAUUUUGUGCGCUUUACAAGAAGAAAUAUUUUACUUUGGGCAAAAAACUUAAAAUAACUAAAUAGACAUCAAACGCCAAAUGGAAAUUGACCUUUGCUUCGUUAUGGACUGUACCAGUUCUAUGGGGGGCCACAUUAAAGGUGCCAAGAAUGCUAUCGAAAGGGUGGUAGAAUACAUGGCAAAUAUGAAACCAACGGUUAUAGUUCGGGUCGGUUUCUGUGGCUACCGUGACCACUGUGAUGGUCCUAACCGCCUACAAAUUUUUGAUUUCACCAAUUCUUGCGAUGAUUUUAAAGAUUAUCUAUCGGGUAUUUCAGCUACAGGUGGUGGAGAUGCUCCGGAAGAUGUCCUAGGCGGUCUUAACGCAGCUGUAAACAGUAUAACAUGGCGAAAUCCUACCCGCGUCCUUUUACACAUCUGUGACUGUCCGCCACAUGGCCGUCGUUUCACUGGUUUGCUAGACGAUUAUCCAGAUGGAGACCCAAAUGGUCUAACUGCUGAACAAGUACUAAGAGAAAUGCGAUCAGCAGGCAUUUACUACUUUUUCGGGAAAAUCACGGAAUAUACUGAAACGAUGACCGAAGAAUUCCAAAGCAUAGUUGGAGAGUAUCCGGUAUUUGAUAUCAAGGGCACUCCAGACCCAGAGGGAUUAGUAGAAAAAUUUUUUGAUGCUGCUUGUUCAGCUAUCAAUACUGCUAUCACAUUAAGAGAAUCACAUUGAGAAAUAAUGUUUUUGUUCUACAAAUAGCAGUCUAAAUUGCUAUAUUCUAUUAUUUGAUGUUUUUAUUAUACGUAAAUUUAUUUAAUAAGAUUCCAGUCCUGAAUUUUAUAAAUUAAGCUAAUUAUCAAAAUCAAAAGUUAUAAAAUAUGA